AUGGCUGAAAAACUGAAUGAUUUAGCUGGUCGAUUAUCAAAAGGUGCGCCAAAAGGCUUAGGUAUUGGUGCCACUUUACUUUUCGGCGCAACAGCAGCUGCAUAUGGAGUCUAUAGAUCCAUGUUCACCGUCGAAGGUGGUCAUCGUGCGAUCAUAUUCAAUCGUAUUGGCGGUGUUGAUCAAAAUACCAUUCAUUCGGAAGGAUUACACUUUAGAGUACCUUGGUUUCAGUAUCCAAUCUUGUAUGAUAUUCGAGCUCGACCACGCAUCAUUAAAUCGCCAACAGGAAGCAAAGAUUUACAGAUGGUCACCAUCGCUCUUCGAGUUUUAGCUCGACCAGAUCAAACCAAACUACCUAAAUUAUAUCAAACAUUAGGUGUUGAUUGGGAUGAACGUGUCCUUCCGUCAAUUUGUAAUGAAGUAUUGAAAAGUGUGGUUGCUAAAUUCAAUGCAUCCCAGUUAAUCACACAACGUCAACAAGUAUCGAAUCUAAUUCGUCUGGAUCUAAUCGAACGUGCAAAAGAUUUCGAUAUUUUACUUGAUGAUGUUUCCAUCACCGAGCUUAGUUUCGGUGCACAAUAUUCGGCUGCUGUCGAAGCUAAACAGGUUGCUCAGCAAGAGGCACAACGAGCAGUAUUUACUGUUGAACAAGCGAAACAGGAACGUCAACAAAAGAUCGUACUUGCUGAAGGUGACGCUGAAUCAGCUAAACUUAUUGGUAAUGCAAUUAGUAAAAAUCCCGGUUAUUUGAAAUUACGUAAAAUACGUGCUGCACAAAAUAUUGCUAAGACGCUUUCGAUGAGUACAAAUCGCGCUUUUCUUGAUGCUCAAGCAUUAAUGAUCAAUGUUGCGGAUCCGAAUUUUGACCAAUCAACCGAAGAUCUUGGUCGCAAGAAGCGUUAA